UGAUGUUCUCGAUUGUUGUCGAUGCCGCCUCUUUUUAUUGAGCUUCCCUUGUAGUGCUACCUUCGCACACUUCAUCUAUCAACUCGGCGAUAUAAAUCAAACCGAAUAUUUACUCAGGGGACUCUGGAUACAAGCACAAACACAACGCCACAAAUUCAAUUGAGAGGUGAGAAUUCGCGACGGACCGACCCAAGUGUACCCUUCAUUCAUCAACAUUAUUGAAUGUUUGGGCUUAAACUGUUUGGGCUGAAAAACCUUAAACUUUUAAUUGGCAAUUUGAACACUACAAUUUUUCGUACAAAUAAAAUGGAAGUGGGAAAAGAUGAUCGGGACAUUGUUUAAAGAAGAGAAGCUUUCAAGCUCAUCGAGUGAGUACUGAGUACGUUCUAUGAGCGUUAUCAAUGCCACUUGAGCUAAUAUUUCGCGUAGCGUCGCAAUUUGACAAAUAAACUAGACCACCACAUAGAAAAGAGCACUACGCUUGUGGAUUUAAAUACCUUUCAAAUUGUGCACAGCUCAGGGUAGAAAAGCACGUUUACGCGGAAUCGUCGUCGAACCUAUUCAGUCGCCUUUUACGCGUGUAGCAGUACAAUCCGCUCCAGAAAUGGGAGAAGUUCCGAAAAUCAAGAACUUGCCACAGGUGAUCGAGCCUCACUUGCCAGAAGGGUGUACGCUGGACUCGUACUCCACUAGCUACCUAACCAAGCCCGGGGACAACUAUGGCAGCAUUAUGUUAUCUGUCCAAGCGAAAAUCCGCAGUGCAGACGGUGGUAUUCGGGAUUUGCCGCUGAUAGCCAAGUUGCCGCCCCUCACCAACGACCUUUACUGGCAGAUCUUCCAACCCGAGCGGACUUGCAUUACGGAGAACGCGGUGUACCAGUAUCUGUCGCCGGAGCUGGAUAAGUUGCAGCUGGAGUCAGGCAUUCUGCCCGCCCAAAUUUUUGACGGCUUUCCGCGAUACUACGGCUCCCGCGUAUCACUGGACAACCGCGCUACAAAAGUGGAUCGGGAUGCCGUUCUGGUCCAAGAGAACGUCACUACGCGCGGCUAUCGACCUGGUAACAGACACCGGCCGUACAAUCUCGCAGAAACUGUGCUUAUUCUGCACUAUUUGGCCCAAUACCAUGCCCUGCCUAUCGCCCUGCGCCUGAAAAAACCGCAGGUGUACGAGGAGUAUGUGCGGCCAUACUUCAAGAAGUUCGAUAUGAACUCUAAUAUUGAUCAGGCCGAGACGGAAAUAAUGAACAAGGAAAUUUUAAAGGACAUAAAGUUGGUGACUAGCGACGAACGGGACGUAAAUCGCGUCAAGGAGCUGCUGGACAUUUUCCAGGCUUUUCAAGCUAGCAACGAUGUGGACGACGGCCCAUUCACUACCCUCGUGCACGGAGACCUGUGGAUCAACAAUAUGAUGCUAAAAUACGGUAUGAGGGGUGAGGAAGGCACUCCACUCAAGGUGAAAAUUGUUGACUUUCAAAUCGCGCAGUACGGAUCAUUGGUGCAUGAUAUCAUCUUUGUGCUGUUCUCAAGUGUGGACGUAAAUGUUCUCGAGGACAAUUUCUACAAUUUCCUGACCAUUUAUUACAACGCCUUCAUUCAGACCUUGCGCAGCGUGAAUGUGGACACCAGCAACUACACAUACGAAUUGUUUCUCGAAGAGGUACAGCAAACUGCACACGUGCAGUUGCCUCACGCGAUCUUUAUGAUGAAGGUUAUACUGGCUGAUAACAGUACGAUUCCUAAAGACUAUAAAGACGUGGAUUUCUCGGUGCUCACAAAGAACACGGGUGCAAAAACUAUUGUGACAAAAUUUGAGGCUAUCUUGCGACUAGGGAAAAAGUUUAAUAUAUUUUACUGAUCUAUUUUUGCCAGUCACGAAAUAAAAAUUUCACCAUAAAGCUGGUCACCUUU